AUGUCCUCUUCUCGCUCCAAUAUCUCCAGCAAGGCGCCUACCGCCUUCUUACCUGGGAUCGUUCGGGCAGAAACCGCUCGACAGCUCGAGAACCUUAGCCUCCUUUGCUUGCCGCAUCUAACUUACCCUAUUCGUCUUCCUACCUCAGCUGUAUCUUAUACUUCGCCGACGGUAAUUGACCAAGUCGCUACUUUGGCCUGUACCUCAUCCGCAUCUGUCCCCAUUCGCUCUUUCAGCUCACAGUCAAGUUCCUCUACCACUAACCGAUCUCGCAAUUCUAUUAUUCUGCCCUCCCACCCACUUCAGUCAAGUUCAACUGCCACGUUGCCGCUAAACUCGUCCGGCCAUCACUCUCCUCUUGGUAUUGGAGUUCCUGAGCCUUGCUGUAGGAUGAAUCAACAAUCGCCUGCCGUCGUUUCAGCCCACAAUCAUUUGACCGUUACCACAGGCACUUCCGAUGUAACCGGGCUCUUGCAUUCGACGGGCAGUAUGGAUGGUCAAGAUCGUUCCCGCCUGACAGGGCCUCUCGUUUAUCUUCAGAACGAUGAUUCCGGCCUAAAGAUUCAAUCAACCCACGCUCCAAUUACGCCCAGCAUUGACCUUCCUUGUACGACACUUUCCUCUACCUCUACUGCGCCAGCUUUCAUUAUUGUUGUUCGUUACCCGGCCCUGCUCGAAAUGCUGGUUCGCGCGAUCCUUGUGCAUGCUCGCCUUCCUUUCUGGCUAGCUCGAGUGGCUGCUGCACGUCCUGUCUGUCUCACACUUAUUAGUCAGUGUACUGAGUUUUUCCGCAUUCGAGGUCGGCUUACAGGCGCCAUACCUCCUACUUGGCUCAAAGAAAAGUUCGGAAUUGAGCAAUACAGUAUAUUACAGGAUGAAUAUAUCUGGCUUCGAAGUUUCACCACCUCUAUCCCCUCCUCCAAUAGCUUGGAAGAUCGCCUUCUUUCGGGCCAUUUGAUUCUCUUUCGAACUAUCUGCUCCCGUUUGGUUGCCUCUCUCUUCCUCAGCGAAACUUCCCUCGCAGACGUUAGUUCUUCUGCCACUUCAGAGUCAAGGGCGACAUCAGGCCAGAAAUGCUCGCUGCUCACCGGCCUUACGGAAUUUAAACAGCCACGUCACUGCACUUUUCUCUCUUCCCCUUUGAGUCUAAUCCGGCUAUUUGCCCGCUCGGACAACCAGUUAGCCGCUCUAGCUUCUCGCUUCCAGGGCCGAUUUCAUUUCGAGCCUUCUACUGACCCUUCUGAAUCUGCAUGUUUUAAAGAGGAGGCCCACCAACCACUACAAGCUGCAGAUGUAGCUAGUGGCUCGUCUAUGAAUGCUACUCCUUCAUUCACCACUACUCAUCCGAAUUCUGUGUUUGCGUCAUUCCGUGCGGCAAGCGGUGAUUCAGAGAUACUGUACACUACUCAGGGCUCUGUCAAUGAUGCUGACGAUGAGGAGGAUAAACCUUUACGAGAGGACGAGGAGGACAAUGAAGUGGAGGAUACAGGCUUGGCGCCACCUUCAUGCUUGGAAAUGUCACAGCUCUUAUGCUCAGUUAGCGUUCAGCCUCCCACACCCCUUAUGGUGGCCUUGUGCCUCUACCAGGCCCGCAAAUUGGUCCCUUUGCUUUUGGUUGACUUUCUUUUUCCUGCUGCACGCUUUAUGCUGCGUGGUGUGGCUCUCGCCCAAUUUUCUCAGCUAGUUUCUGCCUUCACAGACCCUGUAAAUGCCGCCUCAGAACACGAUAUCGACUUAGUUCCGACAUCGGCUGAUAUCAAUAAGCUUGACGAUCGUCUCAUGUCGCAUGAGAGCGACGGUCGUCAAUCCCUGCCCUUCCCUGGUGGCAUGUCAGAUUACUCUUUUCAUUCUCAUUUGUCACCCAACUUAUUGGCCACAGGAGACUCUAUAAACUCAUCGCCAUCCAUCGGUAUUGGAAUUGAACCAUCCAAUCUGACAACACGAUUAGGUAAUGGACUUGAAAACAGCAAUCAUCAGACGUUUGGCAUCCUCGAAGAAGAAUCCAAUGUGCGUAGUACUUUAUCAGCUAGUGCUUAUGCACAUCCUGGGACCCUGGGCCAAUCUUCGGGCAAGGUUCAUAUGGGCGCUAAAAUCUCAGACAUCCGCUUGUUCCGGUCUCCAGUUGAAACUUCGAACUCAGGACGUAGCUCGCAGUCAACAGGUCAUGGAAAUAUUACAGGAAAUAGCAUGCCAGUUGGAAUGGAGGUGGUUCAGCGCGUGGGUUGUCUAUCUCGUCCUGCUGCCCAGAAUCUACUACUAUUUCUGGCCAAAAUGGAUCUGCAGUGUCUGGAAAAUGUACGCACCAAUGGUCUUCACUUGAAUUAUCUCUAUUUAAACUUACUGAUCCUGCAGUUUAUGUUUUAA